UGAUCUACUACAACGCAUUACAACCCUUUUGACCUACGCCAUGCACACAUCUCAAUACCGCGAAUCAAAAUUCAUCGUCAGUUUCGCUCUGCCUUGAAUAAGUUUCUUUCUGAAGGCGAGUCACGUUAAUCCCGCCCGAUGUCCAUAUCUCCCAUCAUUUUAACGCGAGUCAUCAAAGCAGCUUGCGUUCAUUUCUCCUAAUCACCACUCCUCCGAUCCGUCGCCGUACUGAUCACUUCGUUUGCGACCAUUUUAUUCCACGCGAUUUCACCUUUGGGACCUUGGCAAUAGAGGGAAUUCGACGCAGCCAUUUAUGAUAGGACCAAAAGCAUAAAUAAGCAGACUCCCGGCUACCGACUAUCUACGUCCGGGCUCUACUCUUCCAAACACCGCAUAUCCUCAAUCCGUUAGUGAUUGGGCCUAUUCACUCUAUUCGACUAGGAUUUUCCGACAAUAAAUACCUUCGAAUCCUCGUUUCCUGUUUUCUAGGCCUGGUGUAUACUGCCAUCCUUCUACACCCGUAAUCGAAGUCACCAUUCAACCUCUUACCUUCUACACCGCAAAGGAUCAUUAAGAUGCCUUCGUCUCAACGCCCGUUCUUCCUCUCUUCCUUCCUCGCCGCCUUCCGCCAACAGACGCCCCCAGCACUCUCGGCAGCAUCCCAGACGAAUAAACAUACCACUCAACCUUCAUCUAGCCCUUCCACGUCAGGAGCGCGAUCCAUCUCAUCUUCCUCCCAAAGCCAGUCUCCAUCACAACAACCGCAACAGCGGACAGGAGGAGUAAUGAAUCAACUACAAUCUCCACCCCAUAGGCACCACCAACCACAUCACUCUCCACAACCACACCGUCCCGGUAUGCCCAUUCCGGGAUCCGGUCGACGGCGAGGUAGCGAUAGCAGUAGUGAGGGCUUCCGGGAUGUAUUAGGUGCGGAUAAGUGGUACAUCGGAGGCCGGACAGCUGGUGGCGAUGAGCGGUUCUUUAAACUGGGUGUCGUGAAACGAGUACGGAGCCAAGAUCGCUUGAGCUUGGAUCGGUUAAGUUUGUGAUCUGUCUCACGAACUCGUCUAUCUAUCCAAAACUCGGAUAGAAUAUCUUACUAGGUCGGAUAUUGAUAGAGAAAAUGAACAAGACAAAAAAUGUCUUCUCCCCAGCGGAUAUGGUGAGAAACGGCGAAUAAAAAUACAUGGGAUAGUUUGCCCUCAUACUAAGGCUUCCCAAGAAAGGAUGGAAUGGGACGGGGCCUUGGACUUACACUAUCGGAAUCGGUUGGAUAGCUGUACAUGGCGCGGCGUUACAGUUUACUAUUUGGGGAACGGCGUUCGCGGGAUUCUGGGUAUCUGGACUGGAAGACGAAAUAUAUUUAUUCGAGAUCACUAGCUCAAUAUUGAGCUGGUGAGUCUCAACAUCUCACCUCAACACACACGACGACACCUACACAUUAUCGAUAUCGGCAUUCACAUCAACAUUGCAUAUGACGCGCGACACGAUAAAAACGUGGAAGAUAUUACCUUACAUUCACUGCAUAUUAUUUUGCGAGCCUUUGUACAUGGGGAAUAGAUUAUCCUAUCCUACAUACUUGCAUUCAAAACCUUACCUGCUUACCUUCCUCAUCGGUUCGGGUAGAAUUCCCAGGGUUCACUAUUUAGAGGAUGAAUACUAAGACUAAAAGUUGAAGACCAAAAUUGAUUGUAUUUCC